AUGGGUAAUAAUAAUAGUUCAAUCAAUGUAACAUUGGAUCAAGCUCAACCAGCAAUUUAUAUAGCUGGUGAUGUUAUAUCAGGUCAAGUACAUUUUAAUAUAACUGAACGAACAAAAAAAACUGAUGAAAUAUAUUUAUCAUUAACUGGUGAUAUUGGUUACACAACAACACGUACCGUUCGAAUGCAAAAUGGACAAAUGGAAAGAAAAACAGAUUGUCAUAAUGUAAGAAUAUUAGGACAAAAAUUUUUAUUAGGUAAUCCAACAGUAGUUAAACAAACACAUCAUGAACUAUUUCAUCAUCAUGAUAAUCAUGAUGCAUCAACACUUGAACCUGGUCAAUAUACAUAUCCAUUUUCUAUUCGUUUACCUGAUGAUUUACCACCAACAUUACAUCCUGAAGAUUAUCCAUUUGUUCGUUAUCAAUUACAGGUUUUAUUGGAAAAAAAAUGGUAUCAUUCGAAUGAUCGUCAUCGUUAUCCAAUUCGUAUAUUUCCACGAGUUAAUCUUUACAAUAUAAGUAAUUCUCAAAGUGCAGUUAAAUUUGGUACAAAACGUAAAGAUGUUACUGUAAAAGGUGUUUUACAACAUGCUGGUCUUAUACCAGGUGAACAAACAAUUUUAACACUUGAUAUACAAAAUCCAAAUCGUGUAACAAUUAAACGUGUUGAUGCAUGUUUUAUCCAACGUUAUGAUAUUGAACAAUGUCGACGUCGUUUAGAACUUAUUCGUUUACCUGUUGCAGAAUUAUCUAAUAAUCAAGAUCAACAUAUUGAAGUAACAUGUCCAUUAGUAAUUCCAUUAGGUAUACCACCAUCAUUUAGUUAUCGAAGUAAUGGUAUACGAUCAAUUGUUCAUGUUGAUUUACAUUAUGAUUUAAAAUUAGAAAUAAAAGCUAAAGGACUUUUUACAGAUUUUGAUUUACAAGUUCCUGUUAUAAUUGGUACAACAGAAAAUUCAAAUCAUAAUACAAGAUCAACUACUGUGGAUACAAUGAAUAUGGUUGCCUUAGAUUUUACUGAUGAUGAUAUGCCUCCACCACCAUAUGAUUCAAUUCAUAAUAGAGAUACAUCUACACGAUCGUAG